AACCGUGUUGUUUAUUUCCCCCUGUGUCUGGUUUGUCUCUCAAAAUCUGAAAUGUCCGAGAAAAGACGACUUUAAAAAAUAAGUUAGUUCAUUCAAGAAGAUACGCUUUCCAUCCGCAGCCGUUAGCUCAGGACGGACUGUAACAUGGAGGCAGCUGAAGGUUUGAGCAGUGCCACUCCCACCGAGGAGAUGAACGGGGCUGGAAACCUGAUGGACUUCCUGGACGAGCCUUUUCCUGAUGUGGGCACGUAUGAAGACUUCCACACCAUCGACUGGCUGAGGGAGAAAUCCAGAGACACAGACCGCCACCGCAAGAUCACCAGUAAGAGCAAAGAGUCAAUGUGGGAGCUGAUUAAGAGCCUGCUGGACGCCUGGUCAGGAUGGGUGGUGAUGCUGCUCAUUGGUCUCCUCUCAGGUACGCUGGCCGGAGUGAUCGACCUGGCUGUAGACUGGAUGACGGACCUGAAGGAAGGCGUGUGUCUGUCGGCUUUCUGGUACAGCCACGAGCAGUGCUGCUGGACGUCCAACGAGACAACGUUCGACGACCGAGACAAAUGCCCGCAGUGGCAGAAGUGGGCCGAGCUGAUGACCGGACACGCUGAGGGAGCUGGAGCGUACGUGUUGAACUACUUUCUGUACAUCCUCUGGGCUCUGCUGUUUUCCUUCCUGGCGGUGUCACUGGUACGAGUGUUCGCUCCGUACGCCUGCGGCUCAGGAAUCCCAGAGAUCAAGACAAUCCUCAGCGGCUUCAUCAUCCGGGGCUAUCUGGGGAAAUGGACCCUGCUCAUCAAGACGGUCACCCUGGUUCUGGCCGUGUCGUCGGGUCUCAGCCUGGGAAAGGAGGGUCCUCUGGUGCACGUGGCCUGCUGCUGUGGAAACCUCUUCUGCAGCCUCUUCUCCAAGUACAGCAAGAACGAGGGCAAGCGGAGAGAGGUGUUAUCAGCUGCAGCGGCUGCGGGAGUGUCGGUGGCUUUUGGAGCUCCUAUAGGAGGAGUUCUGUUCAGCCUGGAAGAGGUCAGUUAUUAUUUCCCUCUGAAGACUUUGUGGCGUUCCUUCUUCGCUGCUCUAGUCGCCGCCUUCACUCUGCGCUCCAUCAACCCGUUUGGCAACAGCCGCCUGGUGCUGUUCUACGUGGAGUACCACACUCCGUGGUACAUGGCCGAGCUGGUCCCCUUCAUCCUGCUGGGCGUGUUCGGCGGCCUCUGGGGGACGCUCUUCAUCCGGGCCAACAUCGCCUGGUGCCGCCGGAGGAAGACCACCCAGCUGGGGAAGUACCCGGUCCUGGAAGUAAUCGCAGUGACGGGUAUCACCGCUCUGCUGGCGUACCCCAACCCGUACACCCGCCGCAGCACCAGCGAGCUCAUCUCAGAGCUCUUCAACGACUGCGGCGCUCUGGAGUCCUCGCAGCUCUGCGAUUACGUUAACAACCCCAACAUGAGUCGACCGGUGGACGACAUCCCAGACCGACCGGCCGGGCCCGGGGUUUACAACGCUCUGUGGCAGCUCGCCCUCGCUCUCAUCUUCAAGAUCGUCAUCACCAUCUUCACCUUCGGCAUGAAGAUCCCGUCAGGUCUGUUCAUCCCCAGCAUGGCGGUGGGAGCGAUCGCCGGGCGGAUCGUUGGCAUCGCCGUGGAGCAGAUGGCGUACCACCACCACGACUGGAUCAUCUUUAAGAACUGGUGCCGACCCGGCGCCGACUGCGUCACACCGGGACUCUACGCCAUGGUGGGAGCCGCCGCCUGUCUGGGUGGCGUGACGAGGAUGACGGUCUCCCUGGUGGUCAUCAUGUUUGAGCUCACUGGCGGUCUGGAGUACAUCGUCCCUCUGAUGGCCGCCGCCGUCACCAGUAAGUGGGUUGCGGACGCCUUCGGGAAGGAGGGCAUCUACGAGUCGCACAUCCAGCUCAACGGCUACCCUUACCUGGACGUGAGGGACGAGUUCACCCACCGCACCCUGGCCACCGACGUGAUGCGGCCCCGCAGGAACGACCCUCCUCUGGCCGUCCUCACUCAGGACAGCACCACGGUGGAGGACGUGGAGACGCUGAUCAAAGACACGGACUACAACGGCUUCCCGGUGGUCGUGUCCCGAGAGUCGGAGAGGCUCAUCGGCUUCGUCCAGCGCAGGGAUCUCACACUCGCCAUCAAGACCGCCCGUCAGAAGCAGGACGGUGUGGUGAGCAGCUCGGUGGUCUACUUCACCGAGGACGCGCCGCAGUCACCGUCCAGCAACCCGCAGCAGCUGAAGCUGCGUCGCAUCCUGAACCUCAGCCCCUUCACCGUCACCGACCACACGCCCAUGGAGACGGUGGUGGACAUCUUCCGCAAGCUGGGCCUCCGUCAGUGUCUGGUGACCCGCAGCGGGCGUCUCCUGGGCAUCAUCACCAAGAAGGACGUUCUGCGUCACAUGGCUCAAAUGAUGAACCAGGAUCCAGAGUCCAUCAUGUUCAAUUAGUGAGCCUGACGAGCUUCACUGCGACGGUGUAAAUAGGUGAAACUGGUGCAAACGCUACUGUACUGCAACCUGUGAAAAGUCCCUCCACCUUCCCGACAGGCAAGUUCCCCACAACAGCAGCUCCUCUCCAUGUGUUGUUCAAUAUAACUGUUGCUGGAAUAUGUUUAACUCAAGGUAGCCAGUGGCAGAGAGGUUCCACUUUACUCAUAACAUUUCAAAAGAUUCACAGAAGAUUCAGCGUUUUAAAGACUGAAAAGAAAAGGUAGGUGGUUCAGGCCUCGAUCGGACAGAGCGCUUUUUAAGAGGUUGCACUAUGUUUUUUGUUAAAGCUACAAUAAUAAGAAAAAAAGAGCAGCAUCCUUUCUGCAUGUUUUCUGCUCAGAUCACGGUUGCUCCACUAGUUUGCUCGCCUCUCAUUUAAUCUUAUUGGGCAAUAGGAAGAAAGCUUUACUCUCUUUUAAAACCAUUACAAAAAGCUCUCUGUCUGAUCGGAGCCUCAAAAACACGAGCUGGUCACUUGUUGCCAUCAACGCUGAGAGUCGAGCAUGUGUUUUAAUGCUCGAGAGUGCCAAACUCUGGGUGUUGCAGCUGUUUUCAGCUUUUGGUAAAUCACUUUAGCAGCAGCAGCAGCAGCAGCAGCAGCCACAAUGCAGAUAUUUAUUUAAUGCUGCUGGUUUAGAUUUAAAACUGGAGGGAAAAUACUGAGACAAAGCUGAGGAAUGUAUGUAAGAGGAGCUGUAGUUAAGAGUCACAGGGUUGCUGCUCAGGCCUGCAGAGAGCACAUUAAUUCAUUUAAUAACAAUCAUCUCAUAAAGUCCCAAAGUCUGUCAGGAGAACUUCAGACGCUGCUGCUUCCUGUUUUUAACCAGCUGAGAGACGACUUGGAGGUAAAUGGUUCCAAAAAGGUGCGCUUGAUGAAAGAAAGAGUUUAGCUCCCUGAAAUCUUCUGUAAAUGUAGCUGUAGGUUGUGUGUUUAAUGCUUCAAUGCUUUUAAGUCAACAUUUAGAUCUUUACCUUUUUAAACUUCCACUUCUACUCUCCCCUGUUUGUCGCCAUGACGACACAGUAUCGUCUUUACUCGUGGUCUUGUUUGUCAUUGUCUGAUAAAGCAGGCGAGCACAGAUCUGAAUAUACACCGACAGUUUACAGCUGCUUAUUUAAGAUUAAAGGUACAAAACUCUAUUUCAAGCUCACCUUUAUGGAUUAUGUAAUAUUGAUUAGCUUCACAGAAAAUCUUAAAAAUCUGCUCUUAAGAUAAAAGUGGUGAAUGGGGUUGUUUUGGGGGGUUUUGUGAUAUUGAAGGUACUCGGGCAUCAAUGCUUUGAAAAAUGGGACCAGGUGAGAUCUAACGAGUUUGAAGUUCAUGGGCCCUGAAUCCUGAUGUUAUCCUAAAAACUCUGAUUUUAUUGUGGGACUGCUGCACUUUGUGUUUGAGCUUACUUGUUGUUGUUGUUUUUUUUAAUGUUAUGUAUUGCUGCCAUAUUUAUAUUAAUACAAACUGACAGAUCGAGUCAACACUAACACACUCAGAAAAGCUAAAUGUUUGUUUUUUUACUGUCGCAGCUCAGUGAAGAAAAAACUAACUGUCGGUACUGUUCAGAGGGUUUUUUAUUUAUUAAACUGUAUUAGGAGGUUUUUAAAAGCCUUAACAUCUGAUUCCAGUUAAUUCACAUUUCACACACUGUGUCAAUCAUCUCUGGCCUUUUAUAUUAAAAUGAUCCAGUUUAAAUUUGAGAAACACUUUUCUAGAGAUCACAUGUUAACUUAAAGACUUAAAUACUCCUGGAGAGCUGCUGCCCUGCAUGUUUUAGCUAUCUCCUCACUCUUAACAUACCUGUAUCUAUUAAUUAACUCGUUAUCAAGCCCUUGACAAGUUUUCUAAUGCUUUAUAAUGAGUUAAUGAUUAGAAUCAGGUGUUUUAAGGUUGGGGUGAUAGCUAGGACUCUCUCCAGUAGACGGACAUUGCUGGGAUUCCUGUCAGAGUAGAAACAAAAACGUCAGAACUAAAGGAACAAAUUUGGCCGUAAAUCUCUGAAUCUAAAUCUCUCUUUUUGUAUUUACGACCCAAAUAUUUCAGCACAGUGUGAAGAGACCUUUCUUUUUUGUUUAGAAAGCUUUCACAGUGGAGAAACGUUUCAAAACUGGAGGUAAAGUUGACAUUUCUGUUUCCAGCUUAAAUAACAAACCUGUAUCUCUGUUCAUGACCCUUAACAGCUGAGACUUUAUUGAGGCUGCAGAUUGAACCUGAAAUGAAGGAAAAUAACUGAAGUUGCUUGAAAAAUGAUCCAUUGAUAAAAUUUGACAAAACGAACAUUCCCGGCACUUAAAAAUACUGAAUAGAAAUCAUGAAAUUGUUGGUUUAGUUGUUGAGUGUUGCUCCUCGGCUGCACAUUUACUGUUUUUUCUUUUCUUUUUCAUUUCCUGCAUCGCCGCUAUUUGUUGUGGGUAAAAAAAAUAAAGCGGAUCAGCUGCUAACGUUUCAUAAAGACUGGAAACUUCAUGCAUCAAAAUGUAGAAAACACUCCAUGUCACUGAAGCUAAUUCUCCAGUAUUUGUUUUUAAAUGCCAACAGAAUGUAUUGAAAAGAUAACUGUGUGUAUGUGUGUAUAUAUAUAUAAUGAUUUAUUGCGGGCAUUUUUCUUUUUUAAUUUAAUUCUUUCUUUUGAAAUACACUAAUGUUAAGCUCUGGUUAUUUUUUACUUUUAACUCUAAAUAUUUAUCAGACGCAUCACUCGUACAGGAAAAGAAAAAAACCCAGAUGAUUGCACUUUUUUUGAUUUGUAAAUGAAGUCAUUGAAAAAAUAAACCUUUCAAUUUACCUUCAGA